AUGGCCUCCUCAGAAGAGUUGAAGCCCAUUCACAGCCUGGUACUUGAUACCGGUCCUCUGAUCAAGAACGAUCCCCCUGCGAAUACCCUCCGCGCCAAGGCUGAGCAGCUCUACACCCUCCCCUGCAUCAUCUCCGAAAUCAAGGAUGCAGCCACACGGUCUCGGGUAGAGACGACUCUACUUCCUUUCGUUACCCUACGAUCGCCCAAGCCAGACAGUGUCAAGGUCAUUCGUGAAUUUGCGCGAAAAACAGGAGACUUGGCUGUUCUGAGCAAGCCUGAUAUUGAGGUGUUGGCUCUAGGGUAUGAACUGGAGAUUGAACGAAAUGGAGGCGACUGGAGGUUGAGGAGUGAGCCUGGACAAAAGGGGAUGAAUGGAAGGCCACCAAACAAGCCGGUCGAGGGAGAGGAGGCUAAGGAACCCGAAGCGACACUGGAGAGCGAGGUCGAAAAGUUGACUCUCGAACAGCCAAGGACCGAAGAGAAGUCAGAGGAAAAGUCAGAGACUGUGCCUGCGACCGAACCAGAGGUUGAGAAGCAGCCAGAAGCGACUGAGCAACAGACCGAGGUCGAGAAGCAGACAGAGGCCAAGCAAGAGUCUGAGCAACAGUUCGAGCAACAAGACACACCCUCCGAAGACGAUUCCGACGCCUCCGAUGAUGAGGGCGGCUGGAUCACUCCCUCCAACCUCAAGAAAAAACAAGCCGCAACCUCUGGCUCUACCCCCUCUGCCCCCGUCCAAAAGACCCUCCAGGCCGCCGUCCUCACCUCCGACUACGCCAUGCAAAACGUCGCCCUCCGCAUGGGCCUCAACCUCGUCGCACCCUCUCUCGCUCGCAUCACCCACCUCAAGAACUGGGUCCUCCGCUGCCACGGCUGCUUCAAGAUCACAAAGGACAUGACCCGCCAGUUCUGUCCCUCUUGCGGUCAACCUACACUCAUGCGUGCUAGCUGCUCUACAGACCAGUUCGGCAACUUUACAAUCCACCUCAAAAAGAACUUUCAGUGGAACAACCGUGGCAACGUCUACAGCGUUCCCAAGCCUGUCCACGGCUCUGCAAACGGUCGUCUACCAAAGAACGCAGGAGGAAAAAACAACUGGGGCAACGGUCUCAUCCUUUCAGAGGAUCAAAAGGAGUUUACAAGGGCGUCGGACGAUCAGCGCCGCCAGAGAAAGAAGGACAUUAUGGACCAGGAUUAUCUCCCUGACCUCCUGAGCGGUCACAGAUCUGGAGGAAAUGGCAAGAUUCGCGUGGGAGCAGGACGCAGCGUAAACUCGAAGCGAAAGCACUAG